UGGCCGUCUUAUAAGUUUUACAUCCUAGGUUUUUGGUGGCAAGCAGCUCGCUACAAUGACAAAGGGAACAGGGAGUUUUGGUAAGAGGAGGAACAAGAGUCACACGCUGUGUGUGAGAUGUGGACGUCGUAGCUUCCACAUCCAGAAGAGUCGCUGCUCUGCCUGCGCUUACCCCGCCGCUCGCAAGAGGACCUACAACUGGAGUGUGAAGGCAAUCAGGAGGAAGACAACCGGAACCGGCAGGAUGAGAUAUCUCAAAAACGUUCCUCGCCGUUUCAAGACCGGUUUCAGAGAAGGUACUGAAGCCAAGCCAAGGAACAAGGGAGCAGCUGCUUCAUCAGCCUAAAAGAAACCCCACUUGGUGUUUAAGGCAGGAAGAGACUAAAAAUUAGCACUUUUUCUCUCGCUCUAUCCAGUUUGAGAUUUGCUAUUCCUGAAAUACUAUUUAUGUUUUUGUUUCAAGUUUUCGAACCUGGUUGAUAUAUCAUCCCUUCAUCUUGCAAUAUUAUAAGUCUUUCUUUGCCAUUUA